ACUUGUAUUUCGGUUGCACAGACCCAGGCGCUUCCUGUUGCGUUUGAGAGUUUUCGCUGGCUUGUUGAACAGGUUUGGUCAUGUUUCGGAGUGCUUUGGUUCGGCUGGUGACAAAUACAGUCGGUGUUCACCGCAGUGCGAAGUGUGCUCCUUUAGCAGCUGCCUCCGUGUCCGCGCGGAGCUUUGCGGACGUGAAGGACGAAGUGACGCCGCCUUUUGACGCCGAGCUGCUGCACUUCCUGGUGUGUCCGCUGUCCAAGAAGCCGCUGAGGUACGAGGCGAAGACCAAUGAGCUGAUCAACGAGGAGCUUGGCAUCGCAUACCCCAUCAUUGAUGGCAUCCCCAACAUGAUCCCUCAGGAAGCCAGACUCCUUCACAAAGACACAGAUACCUCAGCCACACCCACUCAAGGAUAGAAAC